AUGCAACAUUUUUCUGUGAGGACGAUAGAUGAUGAGCGGAAGCAGACCGGAAGGAAUUGUAAGGGCCAGUGCGACAAGCGAUUAACUUCGUCGCCUACUUCGCUAUCUGCAAGUCUACUCGAUCCCUUCCAAAGCCUUGCGGUAGACUCCAAACGACUACAAGUUUUACUGAAAGAUUUUAAUGCACGCCAAGCUCCCGAGCCUGUCUUCAGUGUUGAGGAUGACUUUCAGAAUUUCGAAUCGGUGUUCCGAUCUGGGCUCGUUGAUCCUGCUCUGCUGAAUGCCGUGAUGCUGUCUUUGGCUUUCACUGCAAAUGGCGGAGUCAUGAAUAAAGAAUGCCUUAUAUACCAAGGUCAAGCGAUCCAACACAUUAGGGAAAAAAUAAGUACGCCCGAGAAAGCGGUUUCGGAGUCAACUAUUGGUGCCAUACUGUUAUUAGUCGGUGUUGAGGCACGGCUUGGCACGACUUCGCAGGUUCAACUUCACAUGGGUGCAAUACAGUACCUCCUCAAUGCCUGUGAGCCAGUGGUUGUGACUCUCACCCAAGGCAUUAAGCGUGCCAUAUUCUGGCAGGACUUGAACUCAUCAAUCAUGGUGGGAUCAAAACGCAUAGUCGACCAUACCACUUUCACCGAACUGGAGUGGCAACGAGACUCAAUAGCCCCAGACUUCUUUGAGUUGCCGCCGGGCUUCCAAGUACGGUCUCAUUUAUUCAGCCAAGAAUUCCUGGAUAUAGUCAGAGAUAUCCACGCUCUUCAAUGCAUCAGAAACAUUUACCAACGUACCGGCCGUCCAGUCUCAACGAUAAACAUCAACAGUCACACAGCAUCCAUACAAUCUCGUCUUCAGGCUCUCCCAAACACUUGUCCGAUAUCCAAGGCUUGUCAUCUCGCGGCGUACAUGUGUUCAGUCAUGUUGUGCUGCAAAGUUUGGUGUGCCUUAGUAAUUCCCGUGAGUCCCCCAUGCAGCCUUUGGAAGUACUUGCUAACUUACAAGUCCAAUGUUACUGCGCAACUUCUCAGAGAGGUUGAAAAUAUUCGUGAUGAGCCCGUAUGGGACGAGCAUGCGGACUUGUUGCUUUGGCUGAUAUGUAUUGGCGGAGUAUUUGCUCCAGACGGGCCUGUACGCUCAGGUUACACCGCACUUUUGCGUUCGACGGGUUUCGAAAGACCCAGCCAACACUCAAUUAAUCUCAACGAGUUUACGAAAAUGGCUGCAAAGAGCGUCUUUAUUACUGGCACCACCGGUUUCAUUGGAGGUGAUGCAUUCUACGCAUUGCAUAAAGCUCAUCCUGAUUGGAAGUAUACCAUCCUUGUCCGAAGUGAGGAUAAGGGAAAGGAUGUGCAGAAGCAAUAUCCUGAUGUGAAGUUGGCGAUUGGAUCGUUGGAUGAUUCCAAGGUCAUUGAGAAGGCGGCUUCUGAGGCCGACAUUGUUAUUCAUACUGCUGAUAGCUCUGAUCACCAAGGAGCUGCCAAGGCUAUCGCUGCCGGCCUACGAUCUACUCACUCAAGCUCAAACCCUGGCUACUGGAUUCAUAUUAGCGGCACUGGUAUCCUCUGCUGGUACGACAUGGACAACAAGCGCUACGGAGAAGCUCCUCUUCCCGAGCAAGCCUAUAACGAUCUAGAGGGAGUCGAUAAGGUCACUUCUCUUCCCGAUACCGCUUUCCAUCGCGAUGUCGACAAGAUUGUCCUCGACGAAGCUGCCAAGGAUCCCAGCGCCGUAAAGGUCGCCAUCGUCUGCCCUCCCACCAUCUACGGAACCGGUCGAGGACCCGCCAACCAGCGAAGUCGCCAAAUCCCUGGCUUGACCGAGACAACUCUCGAGAAGGGCUUUGGCCCCAUCAUCGGCGCAGGCGAGACAGAAUGGGACAACGUGCACGUUCACGAUCUCUCUAACCUCAUACUUCUUCUCUCCGAGCGCGCCGCAUCAUCUGACAAACAGUCCGACGAGCAGGAAAUCUGGGGUCCAAAGGGUUAUUUCUUCGCCGAGAACGGCAAGCAUAAAUGGAGCCAGAUUUCUGCUCUUAUUGCCAAGGAGGCUAAGAAGCAGGGCGUUAUUGAUAGUGAUGAGACCAAGGUUUUGGAUGUCGAUGAGGCGCAGAAGAAGUUGGGGUUCCAAGCUCUUUCGUGGGGAUUGAACAGUCGUGGUGAGGCAAAGAGGGCGAGGAAAUUUCUCGGUUGGAAGCCGGUGGGUGAGAGCCUGGAGGAGUGGAUUCCUGAGUCGGUGCAGAUUGAGGCGAAGCGACUGAACAAGGCCUGAAUUAAGCGAGUACAGACAUUUUACUUCUGAAAUGUUCGGAGGUGGUUCUGGAACGUUAUGGAUAGCAACUAAAAGGAAGUAACUUAUACCUAGGCCUUCCAGUUUCCUAAUAAUGCAAAGCAUCUGUCC